AUGCCCCCCCUCCCCCCUCCCCCCCUCCCUCCCCCCCCCCAUAAAAAAAGAAAAAAUGGCGAACUGCCUGAUAAAAUAUUUGUUAAUAGAAGAUCUGUUUUAAGUGAAUUAUUUGAAGUCAAUCACAUCCGAACCAUUUAUCAUAUUUUUGUUGCUAUUUUAAUUGUUUUUUCUCUCAAUACAUUUAUUCAUGAUUGGAUUCAUACAGGCAGGCCAGUUUUGGACUUUGCCUUAAUUCAGUGGAAUUUUGGUCAGUUUCCUAAAGUGAUAGCUCUGUGGCUGUGCAUGAAAGGUUCCACAACUGUUAUUGUUUAUCCUGUUUUUUAUCACUGGGCCAAUUCUAGAACACCAGGCAAAGCCAGACUAUGGGACUAUCUAUGGCUAGGUGUUUAUAUCAUCUAUAUGAUCAGUUUUACAAUAUUACCAUUGACUUAUUUAUUUGAAUAUAAAUUUCCACCAACAUCAUCCAUUAUAAUCACUUGUGAACAGCUACGUUUGAUGAUGAAAACUCAUGCUUUCGUUCGUUCCAACAUACCUCGAAUAUUAAACUUCAAAAAAGAAGAUGAGACUGAAAAUGGAUUCCCAGAUUUUUCUAAAUAUUUAUAUUUUUUAUUUGCUCCAACUUUGGUCUACCAAGACUCUUAUCCUAGAACUCCCUCGAUCUCAUGGAAGUAUGUGGUCAGUAAUUUUGCUCAAGUAUUGGCCUGUAUGUUUUACAUCUAUUAUAUAUUCGAACGCUUCUGUGUCCCCGUUUUCCAAAACUUCAACCAAGACCAUGUGACCCUGAAAGGUUUUAUGCUUUCUGUGUUCGGCUGUAUGCUGCCAGGAACUCUGGUCUUGUUUAUUGGUUUUUUUGCCAUUCUUCAUUCGUGGUUGAAUGCUUUUGCUGAAAUGUUGAGUUUUGGUGACCGCUUGUUUUAUAAGGAUUGGUGGAACUCGACGACAUUUUCUAAUUAUUACCGAACAUGGAAUGUUGUUGUACAUGAUUGGUUAUAUACCUACGUUUAUAAAGAUGUCUAUUAUUUGAUUGGGGGAAGAGCUGUUUCUAUGGCGAUGGUGUUUUUGUUAUCGGCUGUAUUUCAUGAAUAUAUUCUGAUUGCUACAUUUGGUUUCUUCUUCCCAGUAUUAUUUGUCAUGUUUGCCGGAGCAGGCUUUAGAGGUUUGAAUGUAUUUAUGUGGGUAGCGUUAUUUAUUGGUACCGGAUUAUUAAUGUGUUUAUAUAGUAUGGAAUGGUAUGCCAGAUAUAACUGUCCUGUUUCUACGGAUAAUUUCUUGGAUUAUCUGAUCCCAAGAUCCUGGUUCUGUGAUUUCUCUGGAUUAGAACUCAAGAGUUAG